AUGGCCACCAUCGUCGCCGCACAGCUCGCCCGUCCUUCGAUCCGGCACUUCUCAGCCCACCGGCCACGCCCCGAUAGUCGCGCGACUCGCGCCGUGGCCAUGUCCUGCAUUGUCUCGGGCGUGGUUCUCCCCUUUGUACCACCCGCCCUCGAGAGCUCGCGACAAAGAAACUCGAACUCCCCCGACAGCAACAAGUGA